AGAUUUGUGCUGUGAGGUGUUAGUAGAGGAGGCAGAGGAGCUUUCACAUGCGGAUGAAAUCAGCACGUCAGAAAGGCUUAUUUUACCAUAGGAAAAGCUUUUAGACAGCUUUGUACAUCCCUGGUUGGCUUUGGGAUCUUUCUUGUUGUGGAGCACAGGAUCAAAAGCAGCAAAUGUUUCCGGUCAGGCAGCCUUGGCUUUGCAAAGCCUUAGGUUGUUAUGAUUGCUGUAUCCGCUGCCUCGGGGCUGUGCCCUACACGUCCCUGGUGGCCACCUUGCUGUGCUAUGCUGGCAUGGCGUUAUUUUGUGGCUGCGGGCACGAGGCACUGACCAACACUGAAGUCCUGGUGGAGACUUACUUCGCCCGCAAUGUUCAGGACUUUGCUGUCAUGGCCUCCUUUAUCAAAUACUUCCAGUACGUCAUCUAUGGCCUGGCAUCUUUUUUCUUCCUCUAUGGUAUCCUGCUGCUGGCAGAGGGUUUCUACACCACCAGUGCCGUCAAGCAGACGUUUGGUGAAUUCAGGAGCACCCACUGUGGUCGCUGCCUCAGCCUGACGUUCAUCGUAGUGACGUACAUCUUGGCCUUCAUCUGGCUGAUUGUCUUUGCCUUCACUGCCAUCCCGGUUUACUUCCUAUUCAACAUGGAGCAGACCUGCCACACUGUCAACAUCCUGGCUGAAACCACCCCCAGCAUCAAUCAGCACGGCUGGAUCUGCAUGGACGCCAGGCAGUUCGGUCUGCUCCCGUGGAACGCCAUGCCAGGAAAAGCUUGUGGGAUGACCUUGGCAUCUAUUUGCAAAACCAGAGAAUUCUACUUCACCUAUGACAUGUACAUUGCUGCAUUUGCUGGCGCCGGAGUCACUCUCUUAGCACUGUUCCUGUACAUGGUUGCCACCACCUACAACUACGCCGUGUUGAGAUUCCUAGGCAGGAAAGGGAUCCGCUAAUCGCAACACUUCCAACCUCAUCAACCCUGUCCUCUGACUGCCAUAUGGAAAGUCAGCACAUGCAGCAUUUCUAUCCAUCCUGUGGGAAACAGCCACUUCUGAACCCGAACGUAUUUCUUUAGAUGUGUCCUAUAACAGACAUCACUUUUUUCUUAUGAACAACAGACAGAGAGAUGAAGAUUACUCACAUCCAGCAGAUCCAGCAGCAGACCCUCUCCUCAGAUGAUUCUCCUGGCUUUGUUGUUCAUUCUCCCUCUCGCAGGACGUAUCUCUCAUUUGAUUCUUUUGUGAAGCUUCAUUGGUGCUGAUGCUGUUGUCAGAUUGUGAUGUACAACGUUUCAUGAAUAAUUAAGAGUGAUGACAGCUUGCCUUGCAAAUCACUGAGUUCACUGAUGCAUAGAUUUGAUUCUGAUUUUUUUACAGCCUCGCGAUCAACUAAAAGAAGAGAAGCUGAAUGUACCAAAGUUAUGAAAGAGAGGUUAGGUGAAUCCUCUCAUUUCUCUUUGUGCUUUUACUCACAACACAUGUACUCAUGCACAUUCACUCAUAAUGCAGCUCUGCUUUGCUUGAACAGCACUGUGUAGGGGGGAAACAAAGAUGUGUAUCCACUCUCCUGGAGUUUUUUUUUCCAUUACUGCUUAAAAUAAGCUGUUUAUGUUACUGAGGUGUUGAUGCUUCAAUAACGUGCCUCCAGGUGAUUUGUGUGUGCACGCUCAUUUGAAAUUAAGGCUGAUUAAACCAUUUAAAUCUGA